GAUACAAAAUCAAUACAACGAUAAAAUUAUUACAAUUUAUCAGCAAUGUUUAUUUAUAUUUUUCGUAUUUUUAACUAUAAAAUUAAUAUUUUAAUUCAAUUUUCGUAAAGUUUUAAAUUUACAGUCACAUUCGACGUCAUCAUCAUCAUCAUAAUCAUCAAAUUGUAUAAUUUUAUUAGCGGGUUGAGGGGGUUUAUCAAAAUAAAUAAAAAAAAAAAACAACAGCUGUAUUAUACCUAUAGUUUGAUGAAUAAUUUUAUAGGUUAGAAUGAUCAAAGUUAAUAAUAAAAAUAAAAAAAUAAUUAAUCCCAGGUAAACGAGUAAAUAAAACAACCAAAAAAAAAAAAUAAAACAUUCAAACAAAAUGUUUAGUCCAUUAUCUACUAAGUUAAAUAUCAUAAAUGAAUUUUAAAAAUAAAAAAAAACAAACAAACCAAAAUGUUUUUGCAAAAAUGAUUAUUGUAAAAAAAAAAAUACUGACCUGUGAUGUGUAUAUGCAAAAUUAAAUAAUCCUGAUGAAAAUAGAAAAAUAAAAAUUGAAAUAUAUACAACAGUUAUGAACGCAGUUAUUGCGAUGUGUACAUUUUGCGAAAUGCAUGGUCCCAAGGUCAUAUUUUCAACACAAACAUAUCGUAAAUUUGAUGAAAAAGAACCAAAAAAAAAACAACAUUUUUAUGGUCCACAAGAAUUAAUAAAUAGCAAUAGUAAUAAUAUAAAUAAUAAAACAACAAUACUGCCAACAAAUAAUUGUGAUGGUUGUGAAAAUUUUGGUAAUAUAAAAUAUUUAAGUAAUGAACAUGAAAGUAGAACAUCAUUUAUAUCAUCAAGACAACCAUUGGCUGAAGAUAUUGCCAAUUUAUUAAGUCAUGCAUGUAUCAGAAGUCUAAGCUGUGAACUUCAUCUUGGUAAAAAUGGAGUAUGUUAUUUUGGUGAUGAAAAUCGUGGUCAUGUUCUAAGUCAUUUUUUCACCCUCAAAGAUGCCCAGGCCAGAGGUAUACGAAGAUCUUGUAGUUUUAUUGUAUUCAUGAAAGAUAAACAAUUUUUAUUAAAUAUGUGGCCAUUUUUUGUUGAUAAUCUCAAUCAAAUAAUACAAGAAUUACAAGAAUUUGCUGAACGUAAAUAUAAUGCUGAUGAAGCUAUUAAUCCACAAAGAUCUGCUAGAUUAUCAACAGCAAAUGAUGGAAGAAUUUGUAGUCGUGAAACUGGUGGAGGUAUGCCAAGAGGUCUAUCAGAAAUAACUAAUGAAAAACAUGUGUUUGUUAGAAUUCACAUGUGGCUUGUAUGGAUAUUAAGUACUGGUGCAAAACAUUUUACCGAAUCAUAUCCAAAAAAUGAAUUAUUAAUGAUACAUCAAGAUUUUAUUGAUAGUCCAGAAUUUAUAAAUAUAUCAAAAAUUAAAACAUCAGUAACAAUAUUACGUGAAUUAUCAUGUAAAUUAACAAUUGAAAAAUUUAGAAAAAUGUUAUAUGCAUGUUUAACUGGUACACAAAUGGUUGUAAGAGGUACUGAUGAUAAAAAAAUUGAAAUACUUUAUGCAUUAAGUUCAUUGGUACCAAGAUCAUGCAGGAGAAUCAUCAUUAAUUCACCAGAAUUUCGUAAUAUAAAUGAAUGCAAUUUUCUUGGUGUUGAUACAUCAGUAGCUGUACCAGUAUCAUGUCAAGAUAUUUGUAGACUUGAUAUUAUACCAGAACAAAAUGAUAAAAAAAAUUUUAAAACACAUGUAUUAAAAUGGACUGGACAAUUACCAUCAAAAUUACCAACAUUAUUAGUUAAAUUGGAAAAAUAUAUAUUUAAUAAUAAACUUGAUGACAGUGUUUUAAAGGCACAAUUUAUUGCCCUUCAAGAAGAAUGGGCCAAUAUCGCUAAAAUUGUGCAUUCAAUGCGAGGAAGAGGUCACAGGGGUGAUCUUGGUGGAUUGAUCAUCAGUCUUGGAGCUGGUAAACAUGACCUCAAAUUACUCGAUUCAUGGUCCCUAGGUCUUCCAUCAAAUCCAGCAUAAUUUAUUACUUUUUUCUUAAGUAAUAAAAUUGUUUUUUUUUUUUCUUUCAAUUUUAAUGGUUUUUUUAUUAUUACUAUUUUUUGUAAUUAUUUAUUUAUCAAUUUUUUUUUGGGGAUGUUUGAAGAUAUAUUUAUUUUUUGUGCUUUGAAUAAUAGAAAUAAUUUUAAAUGGAAAAAAAAUAUAUAUGUAUAUAUUAAAGCUGAGUUGAAUUUAAAUUGAAAAUCGAAAUUAGUUUUUUUUUUUUUUUUUUAUGUUGAAAAUGUAUCCCCAAUGAUUAUAAUAUUUUUUUUUUUUUCAAAAAUAUUGAGCUACUUUUUUUUUUGCAGUUGAUUUUUAUUAAUCUUGUUUUGUGAGUGCAUCUGCAGCAGCUCUGACAGC